AUGGCCCGCGAGUGCCCAAACUCGCGCGUGGAGAUGCAGCCUCCAGCUUUCGGUGGACAUGGCCAGCCUCCAGCUUUUGGGGGAUAUGGCCGUGGGGCGCCCUACAAUGAGCCCUACGGUCCGCCAUACGGUACGCCCUACGGCCCGCCCUACGGCCCGCCUGGUGGGGGUUUUGAUGCCGGUUUUGAUACUGGUUUUGGUCGCGGGGCUGGUCGCGGCUCUGAUGGUGGUUUUGGUGGUGGUUUUGGUGGUGGUUUUGGUGGCGGUUUUGGUGGCGGUAUGAAUCCGUCGCCAUUUUUGGGCCAGCACCAACACCAGCAGCAGCAGUAUCACCAACAACAGGAGCCUAUGGGGCCGCUGGGCUUCCCUGGAGCGCCUGUGCUGCCCGCCGGCGAGCGCCACAUGUCGCUGGUGCGCGACGGCAACAACAUGGAGAGCGUGGAGCGGACCAUCGCGAACUUCAUAGACAACACGGGGGAUGACGAGCCGCUGGUGGCGGUCAUGUCCAAGCAAAGCGGGCGGGAGAUGAUAGCGGGCGUCGCCCGGGCCGCAGCUCAGGCGCCUGGCGGCACGAGGGUGCGUGGGCCAAGGAUAGGCGGUAUCAUCACAGUGUCCGUCCCUGGUCUGGCAAGUGACAGGCCUCUGAGGCAGGCCGGUCGUGGGGCUCUGCCUGGGGCUCGCAGUGCUCAGGUCGGCCUUUCCGGCAGGAGCCAGGGCAUGCUGGGCCGCUACCGGGUCGAGAGGCCUGCUGCGGGUGGCGUCCGGGGAGGAAGACGGGCCGUGAUCGAGGGCGGUGGCGACGAGGCUUCCGGCGGCCGGACGGUCCACACCGACCACCCUCCCGGAAUCGCAUGCAAGAUCUGCGGUGGUACGGACCACAUGGAGGCGGACUGCGCCAAGCCGACCAAGAAGGCUUGGGACAGCACGUUUUGUCCGUACCAUCGGACCACUGCCGGAGAAGAAGGGCAUGCGGGCUCGGCAUGCCACACGAGUGUGGACAAGUGCUGGGCGGCCAUGGUGGACCAGGACGGCAGGCAGAUGUCGCGGGCCGCGAUUGACCGCCUGGUCACCGAGUUCAUGCUGGCCCACCGCGGCGGAAGGCCUGAGCCCCGCUGCAGCAGCAUCCACGAGCACUGGGCCAUGUGCAUGGCUCGCCACCUGGAGGAGAACGGGGCGGAGGGCAUCAGCUGCUCCAAGUUGCCGGUCAGGCGUGUGGAGGUGAGGCACCGGGAGCAGCGCCAGACUCCUGGCUUGGCGUGGGAGGAAUUCGAUCACUCCAACGUGGUCGACUCGUGUGAGUUCUUCAGUGACAGCCACUGGGAUCACACCACGGCGGAGCAGCUCAUCGACAAGCUCAAGGCCUACGCCAGGAGCUCGGCGUAUAAGACCGAGUCCCAGCGCCGCGAACAGCGCAAGGCGCGGGAGGAGCGGCCUGCGGAGGAGGAGGACCAGGGCAUGAGCGAGGCUGGCAAGGCGACCAACCCGCCGUCGGAGCGCGCUGCUACGGCCUCUCAAGCCCCGGGAAGCCCCAUGCAGACGGAUGGGGAAGGGCCCCCGUCCCAGCCCCAGUCGGACUCCGAGUCGGGCGAAGAGGGCAAGGCGUAUGACGAUGGGAACGCCUCUGUGUCUUCAGAGUCCAUCGACCUGGACCUCGACAUCGAGGCCCGGUCCCAGGUUUCUGAAGACCCCGACCGCCAAUUUGAGGAUUAG